GCUUUUCUGCAGUUCCACUACCCAGAACUAAGCCUCCACCCCUAAUUCCGAGAAAUUAACCUCACACGACACAACUGAGAACAAGACCCCGGCUCGCACAAAUGUAAUUUAUUAAUUUAUUCUGAUGAGGGAGUUGAGACAGACCCACCCCACAAAACGCAACAAAAAAGAAUAAAAUCAAAGUAUCGACGAUAAAUCACUUCCUCAUUCAAUUCCUCCGUAAAACACGUGUGAACAAUUGACGUUAGGGAAUAAAUACCAUUCGAGAAGCCGAGGUGAAAGGGAAAAUCAGGAUGACGAGACCGCCGAACAACGAGAACCUCUUGACAUUCAAAUUAGUUGUGGUUGGCGAUGGGGGUGUGGGCAAGAGUGCCCUGACCAUUCAGUUCUUCCAGAAGCUUUUCGUAACGGACUACGACCCAACGAUAGAAGACAGUUACAUCCAGCAUACUGAGGUGGACAAGCAGUGGUGCAUCCUCGAUGUGCUAGACACAGCGGGUCAGGAGGAGUUCAGCGCAAUGCGAGAGCAAUACAUGCGCAAGGGGGACGGAUUCCUCCUGGUGUACUCCGUCACGGACAAGCAGUCUUACGAAAAUAUUAUCAAUUUUUACACGCAAAUCCUCCGGGUCAAGGACAGAGAUGUUUAUCCGAUGUUGCUAGUUGCUAAUAAAGUCGAUUUGGUGCACCUGAGGAAAGUUACUGAGGAGCAGGGGAGGGAAUUGGCGCACAGGCUGGGCAUUCCUUAUAUUGAAACUUCAGCGAAGGAUCCACCACUCAAUGUUGAUGCAGCAUUUCACGAGGUUGUACGAAUAAUAUGGAACCAACCGCCCACAGAACUGGAAAAAAAUCGCCGGAAAAGAAGGCGAUCUGGCAAAUGCAAUAUUCUGUGAAUUCUCUGCCCAAAGUAAUUUGCAGGUAAAUCCAAUCAGCCGCAUUGUAAAAUACUGACUAUUGAGAUGGCUAGACCACCGUAUGAUAAUUGACACAACAAUUAACUAUACUGCCUGUGGAAUUUUCCUUCCUGGAAAAUGCUAAAAACUCAUCAUCAGAAUGUUUCAACUGAUGCAAAUGAAAAUAAUGAAAUGUUGCUAUUCAGAGGACUGAGGCACCUAUUCUAGCGGCAAAAACUUGACGUAGAAUUACGAAAAACAGUGUGAAAGUUCUCUGUAGCUGUGAUAAUCGGCGAUAAACGCUGAAUCGUCGAGGAAUACGAGUUGUUUAAAUUUCGUGGCUUGAUAUUGUAAAGACGUUAUCAAUUGUAAUAUGUGAACAUUAUUAUGUACCAAAACAAGCACAAUCGAAGAGUAUAGAUUUUCUACGAUCUCAUCAUUAUAAUAAUGAUUAACGUUUUGGAUAAGAAGGGCGAAAACUAUAUCGGAAUGCUUUUUAUUUUUUCAAUGAUCCAGGAUAUCUAACGAAAUGUAGUUAACGAUUACGAUAUCCAUAGAGAUGAAUUGACGGGGCUUCUCAGUGAUGAAGUGCUGUCGCUAAAUGACUAUAAUUAUUUUUAUAAUCAAUGAGCUAAUGAUGAACACGCGGUACGUGCAGAAAAUAUACUCUAUCCGGUGAUUACGAGAUGAUUAAAUUUUUAAUGUGAUGAUUUUUGGUUUAAGAAUUCAUUAUGGAAGGGAUCGUGAGGAUUUGAUUUUUAAGAAUUGAUCUUUAAUUUUUAGGAAUUGAAAUUGAAGAUAAAUUUCAUUAUUAUGAAAUUACACGAGUUUUCAUGAAUUUUCAAAUUCUUGGAUUUGAUUUAUUACGUUUUACUUGAUGAAAUCAUGAAUAUUUAUUUUUUUAUGAAUUUAUCCUUUCAUUUGGAUAAGUUUGUAGAAAUUAAUUCCCAGUUUUUAGAAAUUAAUUAGUAACAAAAUCCCAAAAUUAAUUAUAUUAAUAUCCCAAAUCCCUAAAAUGUCGACUGUUUUUUCCUCUUCAGUUUCUGAACAUCACAAUUUCAUUUUCGUAUUUAAUUCGCACACUCUCACAACAGCAGUAUAAUAUUGUUAUUUAAUUCACAAUUUCACACGAAGAAAAUCAAUUCGCCAACACUUUGCAAACACAUGAGUAUUAAAUAGGAAAUUUAUGAAAGAAUUGAUGCCAUACGGCCUAUUUUUAGUAUGCAACGUAAGAAUAAAACUGAAAACUAAGUGAAAUGAGGAGACGAGAAGCACAAAACAUAUGCACGAAAUGUGAAUUUGGUUUAUGUGUAUGUGUGAUUUCGUGUGAGUGUUCUUGGAGAAAUGAAUUUUGUUAUUUGUCAAGAGUAUAAAAUUACUGAAUUAUAGAUAGACAUUCGUAUAAAUAUGAUUAAACACGCGUACAUGUAUUCUCAGAUGUAAAAAAUCCACAUCUGCAGGAGUAUAUUUAUGUAUGUGACAAUAAAAAUCCUGAAAAGAGAAUCUGCUUCACGGACAUUGCAACACCGAGGGAAAAAGUUAUUUAUACCAAAGAAAAGCUCGAAAUUUCGGUCUUAAUUAUUACACGAAUGAGUGAGUUUGAGUGGAGUAAUUUCUUUUCUGGAUUCCAUGUCGUCAUUCUGAUGUAUCUUCUUGUCUUGUAAAUAAAAUCAAAGCAAUAACUAUUUAUAUUUGCAAGAGAACAAUAAAGUUGGUGACUUGUGAAGAGAGA